AUGCGCGAGCGGUGGGGGAUUCACCACGAGGGGGAGUGCCACUGGUUCGCGAACCUGGCACGCCUCGUGGGCGUGCCGCUCGAGGCGCUUCGCUUCGACCCGACGAAGCGCCGCGCAUAUGCCGUGGGCGCCGCGCUCGGCGCCGCGCACGACGUCCUCGUGACGCGUUUCGAGGACAUGCGAGACCUCCCGGAGAUCGUCCGCGACGUCGUGCCCGAGUUUGCUCCGGACUUUCAGCGGGUGAGCGUCCACGAGGGGUCGCAUGCUCCGGCGGCCGUGGAGGCCCGGAAGUUCCGCGCGCGCGCGGCGAGGCUCGUCGCGGCGAACUACACCCACCGCUUCGCCGCGUGCGACACGAGCCGCUUCUACCCGAACGCCACCCGCAACUAG